AUGCCAUUUUACUUUGCUCUCGUCAAUGUUAAACAACCAAGCGUAACGAACAAUGCACCUAAAGUUACCAGCCAAUCAGAUGAUGUGCGUAACGAGGACGUCGUAAACGGCAAUCUUAAACUCAUCCUUGGUCUAAUAUGGCAUCUCAUCGUGCGCUACCAGAUUUCAAAUCGCAAAACCAAGUCCCCACCAAAAAAGCUCAUGCUGAACUGGUUCCGCCUGGCUAUCCCAGACUUGGAAAUCAACAACUUCACCAAAGAUUGGGAGGAUGGGAUAGCUCUUCA